AUGAGCCCGCCAAUUGAAACCCACCCAGCCUUGGAGACACACACGGCCUUGGAUUGGAAUUCACUACUGUUGAAUACUGUUGCUAAUGCACUGUUAAACAAAAUUCGAGAUCUCACCAACAAACACAUCAAUUGGAUCAGUGAUUUUCUUUCCUACCAUCUCUCACAAGCUAAUCCAGCUACCAUCAUUGCUGUUGACACCCAAAGGCAAGAGGCUCAACAUCAAGUGGAGGCUCAACAACAAGCAGAGGCUCAACAACAAGCGGAGGCUCAAAGACUAGCAAAGCUGGAACUUCUGGAGCAUCUCACAGGCAAGAUGCUAUCUAGUCUACAAAAGCUGGAGCAGGCUGUUGGUGAAUUGAAGAUUAUCCAGGACACAAGGAUAUGA